UGUAACCGUGCGGAACGAUUUUGCUUAGUUUUGUUAUUGUUUACAAUCCAUCGGAGAUAAAAAGGUUUCCUGCGUUAGUUUAAAAGUUCAGCUAAACAUGGAAAAUAAAAAUAGCAACGUAAAGUUUAUCCCGCCCAAAUCAUUUGUCCAUUUGGACUUCUGGUUUAAAUUUGCAGAUGUUAAAUUAAACGUGGAUAAGCUUUCUGAUGCACCGAGGCACUUAUUUGCAUCCAUCAAUAGCACGUCAUCAACACAGCCAGUAAUCGAAAUAGAUUGUACUGGAUUUAAUAGCCAACCAACAGAUAAAAUGGGAAUGUUUCCCUGCCAUGGCAUACUUAUCAAUAAAAACACUAAAGAAGAAUUCAUAAACACUAAUAAAUCUAAAUUAUUGACAGAUGUUAGCAACCACUACUACGCUCAAUUGUUUUCUAAGAAAACUUUGGAAAACAGUUCGGAAUUAGUUUUUUUUAUUCUGUUUUCAUUUGCUGACUUGAAAACUCAUAAAUAUUUGUAUUGGUUCGCAUUUCCUGUAUUUCGAGACGUAUUUUUUAAAAAAGGACAGACAUAUACACUAUUAUCAUCAAAAUUUCAACGUGAUAAAUUAUUCAGUUUUGAGCUUCAAUUCAAAAUGUUUUUAGAAAAAUCAAAUGAGCUUUUCUUUGUUUACAAUUCAAAAGAAAGUAGGUUUUAUAGGCUUUCAGAAAUAAUUAAUCAUGAGGAUCUAUCUAAGAAUUUAAAAAGUGUUGAUCUGAAUUACACGUUUUUCUGCUGCACUGAUUUGUGUUUUGAUAAAGAUCCAAGCUGGCUUUUGCGACAGUUUCUUGGAUAUAUUGCGAUGUCAUGCCCACAGAUUACGCAGAAAACCAUAAAUUGCAUUUGCUUGAAAAAUAAUGUAGCAUCCAGUAUUGUAUUUACCCUCGAGAUUCAAUCUACCGAUCUCAAUUUAGAAAAACCGCUUUGGGUUGGAUGGGAAACGAAUAAUGGGAGAUUAAUUCCACGUUCUGUAGAUAUGUCAAAGAUAAUGGAUCCUCUCAAAAUGGUCGAGAAAUCAAUAAAUCUCAAUUUAACCCUAAUGAAAUGGAGGCUAGUUCCGAAUUUAAAUCUAGAUAUCAUAAGCACGACAAAAUAUUUGCUUCUUGGAGCUGGUACACUUGGUUGUGGAGUGGCUCGAUCACUACUGGCGUGGGGUGCUCAGCAUAUAACAUUUGUCGAUUAUGGUAAUGUGUCCCUUUCAAAUCCAGUUCGCCAAAACUUAUAUUUGUAUGAAGAUGCAAUUCACCGGAAACCGAAAGCAGCCACGGCCGGAGAAAGAUUACGACAGAUUCAUCCUAACAUUAUUUCAUCAGGUUAUAACAUAAAAAUACCAAUGCCUGGACAUCCAGUUGGUAAAUUACAAGAAGUUGAAACAAACUCUUCGAUAAAUCAGCUUAAAGAACUUGUAAAACAACAUGAUGUAAUUUUUCUUUUGACUGAUUCGAGAGAAAGUCGUUGGCUACCAACAUUAUUAGGUGCUUUCUAUAAGAAGAUGGUAAUAACUGUUGCUUUGGGAUUCGACACAUUCCUCGUUAUACGGCAUGGUUCAAAAUCAGAAAAUCGUGUUAAACCAAACUUAAUCAAGGGAUUCAAAGAAAUUCCUGGAACUUACCUAGGAUGCUAUUUCUGCAACGAUAUAGUUGCUCCAGGAAAUUCCAUGAAAGACCGUACACUUGAUCAACAAUGCACCGUAACGCGUCCUGCAGUAUCUUACAUUGCGUCGAGCUUAGCUGUUGAGCUAACAAUAUCUUUACUGCAACACAAACACAGGGAUUCUGUACCUGCAUACUACAACAUUUCAAAUACAACGGAUGAUCAUGGGGAUAUUCCAGAAGAAAUGUUAGGAAUCAUACCACAUUCAAUCCGAGGAAAUAUCGCGCUGUUCAGUUAUCUUAUAACAGCCAGUGAAAAAUUCGCUGAAUGCAUCGCUUGUUCGGAGAAUGUACUCAAAAAGUUUAACGAUGAGGAAAAUUCCUUUAUAUAUGAAGUUCUUGAAUCUUCGAAAAUUUUGGAAGAAGUAGCUGGAAUUUCAAAAUUAACAAACUUGGAAGACGCGGAUAUCGAUUUCGUUAGUGACUGUGAAGCGUAGGAUGAUGAAAAGGAUGAUUAAAAACGAAUCCAAUACUGUGAAAUCAUUAAAAUUAGUUUAGCUAUAGGGCAGAGAAUGACCAAGAAGGUUAAGGCUGCCAGAAAUAAAUGAAUAAUUUAAUCAUUAACAUCAACAA